CAGUCGGUGGCUGGGAAAUAUUCUUAAUACCGGGGGUUGAUGUUCCCACUUAUUGCCAACAUGCCACCCGAAUCCUGCGGCUGGAGCGCGUGUGAGUCAAUGUGAGUUCGGUUGGCCGUCUCGGGUGUCCACCAAUAAAAAACGAGAGUGAAAAAGAGACAAAGCAGCCAGUCUAGGCAGCCUGUUUUGAUUUUUUUCUUCCAAGUCCGCAUGGGGUAUCAAUUUUUGGUGACAUCACCGAUGAUUUUUUUUUACUACAUGAUUAAUCGGAGGGGACCAAAGUAAAAGGCGCCUGCGACCAGCAUCAGCAGAAAGGCCAUUAACUGACGUGCAGACCAGUUUGGAAAUCCCUUCAUCCCUCUCUGUCGGAGCGAAAAAAGCAGUCAGUGUUACGCCUGGAGAAGGAGAGAGCAAGAAAAAGAGAGACUGAGAGACUCACUGGUGAGUGCCGAACGACAUUUAUGCAGACACCACGGCCAUGAUUGUGGUCCUGGAUUCCUACCUUGGGGGCCCAGCUUCCAGCUCAACUUUUACUCAUUUGGAUUCCUGCAACGUGAAAAAGACGCCCUUCCCCAGGAGAAUGAACCCAACUGGUGUAACACCAGCAGCAGUGGGAAGAACGGCCAGCGGUACCAGACCGCUGCACCCAGAAGCUUAAUCUCAAGGCACCAACGCGCCCCCUCACAUUUCUGCAUUCUGCUUUUACUUGGGACGUGGAAAUACAAAGAGGGCAACCUAAAACUGCCAGGACAGUUCAGUGAAAUAGGAGAAGCGAAGUCCAGCCCGAGGAGCAGGCCACAAGGGGAUAAGGUGUGAGCAGAGCUGUCAAGGAGUGAUAUGAGACCAGGAGAAGUGGAGAUCUUAAGGGAGACAAAGAAGGAGAAGACAAGGACUUCAUCCGGGGCAGCAGCAGCACAGGGCACUGGAGGGCCCGCCAAACAAUUACUGAUUUAUUUAUCAGUUAGUUCUUAAGUCUUUUUUUAAUUGACACCCUAUACACAGUUUUGGAUCAAACUUUCCAUCAGCUUUCACUCUAACUGUUACCUGCUUCAAAUGUUUAUUUUAAUCGUUAAUUACUAACUGGACCUAAUUAAAGGGUUCAUCCUGAGGGGUAACGUGCACACUUACCUCUCCUCACUCGGACACUAAAGAACAGCUUGCUUUUUUAGUUUCACAUGACAUCCAUUCACGUUUUGCUAUUUUCGUGUAAAUUGGUCGAGUCAUUUAUUUUGAUGAAUGGGCAGAGUUAGCUUACGCUCAUAAAAAUUUAUUCUAGCUAAACCUCUGCAUUAUUUUGGCUCGUCACUCACUUUUUAAAUCAUAUUUUCACUACUAAACCACCAUUUUCUGUAUAAAGUUUUCAGUCAUUUAUUUUCAUCAAGAAGCAGUUUCGCUUCUGCCCAAAAACGUACUUUUAUUUUAGAUAAGCCUCAACAUUAUUUUGGCUUGUCGCGCGCUUUGACGUAACUUAACUUUCAUUAUUGUCACCUUGAUGCGUUCAUAUUUCUCAUUUUCUUUUGUAAAAUUUAAGUUAAUUCUUACCGAAGGGUGGGGUUUACUUUUUGCCAACUAAACUUUUCCAGUGUUUAUUAUAGCUAAGUCUCAACAUUAUUGACUUGUAGAUCAAUGUUACAUAAUACAAUUUUUCAACAUUUUUGUUAAUUUAUUUAUCUUCUGUACAUACAGCUUUAUUUUUAUUAUUCAUUACAACUAAGCCUCAGUAUUAUUUUGGCUUAUCUCUGAAUUUUACAUAACUUUUUUGUUUUAUAAUUGUUACCGUUGUUACGCACAUUUUUUUGUGUGUAAACUUCUGGGUCAAUAACUUUUAGUAAGGGGUGAGGUUUAGCUAAUGCCCAUAAAACGUUGUUUUUAAACUUUACUAUAGCUUAAGUUUCCACAUUAUUUUAACUUACUGCUCACCUUUACAUUUAACUUUGAGUUUUGUUAAUAUUGAUCCAUUAACAUUUGACUUUAUUUCAGUAAAAUUUUAAAUAAUUUAUUUCUACCAAGGGACAAAAUUUAGCCUAUGCCCAAGAAGCUUUAUUUCUGAAGGUAAUUCUAGCUACGCCUCUGCGUUAUUUUGGCCUGGCCCUCUCUCGUUGCUGUCCUCUCUGAUUUACUCCACAACUCCUGGUCUGUUCUUCGCCAAGCGAGGCUCUCUCCAUCUCUAAACUUCAACUUUUAUUUAGUGCGCUAAACCUGCCCACCUCCACCUGGCCUCGGCACACCAGCUCAAGUGAGAUUUAGGCAGGAGCAGCUGCUUACCCCAUUCUCCAAGAACUUGCACAGAACACCGGCCCGUUGGCGAACAUAGCAGAAGUUGCAAUGUGGUCAAACUUCUUCAUGCAAGAGGAAGAGUCAGGUGGAGGUCGUGGAGCAGCAGGAGGGGUCCGAGGGGGUUUCAGGACAGCAGCCAAACGGGCUACCGGCAAAUCAGGCCUUACGGACAGCCAAGAAGGCAAGAUCAAGCUGGCGUUCUUUGUGGCCAUUGUGGGAGUUACUCUCACCGUUUUGGCAGUGGGGACAGAAUUUUGGGUGGAGCUGAGCCCACCCAAGAACAUGUAUGAUAAUGAGACGUGUACAUCCAUCCACUAUGGUCUGUGGAAGAAGUGCCUCAAGAAACUGUGGGUGUCCGACAUCGACCAGGAGAGAGACAGCUGUGGGCCAGCAGACCUGGCAGGAGAGGCUAACUGCUCUUAUUUCAAGUUUUUCACAACUGGCGAGAAUGCUGUCCUCUUCCACAAAAGCACCAAGAAAGACCUUCACAUCGCGGCUGCCAUACUUGCUCUGCUGAGUAUCACCUUCAUGAUCCUGGGUUCGAUCUGCAUCACCAUGGCACUGAGUAAGGCAGUCGAGUUCCUCCUGAAGCCAGCAUCAUUCUUCUUUAUCAUUGCAGGCCUGCUCAUCCUCAUCUCUCUCGAGGUGUUUCGCCAGUCGGUCCUUGCCCUCCUUGACAGUGACCACACUGUGCUGGUGCAGUACGCCUUGUCCUGGUCAGUGGCCUGCGGUGGAGCAGCUGGCGCUGUCCUCAUCUUCGGUGGCAUUUGUUUCAUUGUCCUCUCCCUACCCAGAAGUACCUGGAAAAUCUGCCUGCGUCAGGAAGAAGCCUCUUAAAAUGUAUGGAAAGUAAGAAGAAAAAAAAAAGUGAGAAUGCAACAGACUUUGGAGACUACCUACACUGACUGCCAGGAAAGUAUGAGGCAGGGCCUCAGUCUUUGGACACUCCUUCAACAGACGUAAACCAGUUCAAACCGGCCCUGGGGAGGCACGGGGAUGGCCUGUGGACGCUCUGUCAGCACGGGGUUUCUCUAGACUGAAAUCUGCCACACACAGGAGGGUCUUGUGUGUACACACGUACGUGCGUGUGUGUGUGUGUGUGUGUGUUUGUGUGUGUGAACGUAUUGUUAUGUAGGCAUCCAAAAAAUUUGUAACUUGUUUUUCCAAUAUGUCCGAGAAAGUUGGGGGAAGAGGGAGUGUAAAAGGGAUGGGGCUGAUGGGAUAGCUUGUGGAGGGGAGGACUCAGAAUUUACCAGAAUUUAGACACCAAUUUGUCAUGACUUCUGCCCACGUGUGGGUCAGAAGCAACUGCAACAUGAAUAGCUGGAUGCUGAUAAACCGAAGGUCUGGUUAUGGAUUACUACAGAAACCUGAAAUCAAUCCAUGUUUGACAUAGCACCUUCAUAUCUACCUGCCCGUUUGCCUUCUACAGCAUUUUUUCCCAUCUGUCCAUCUGUUUUGUAGUGUUCUGAUGGUCUUUCUCUCCUCACCAAUUUUUCUAUGUAUGGCUUACAGUAUCUUUCCUUCCUGUUUGCUUCUCUUAGGUAUCUUUCUCCCAUCUCUCAGUUUUAUAUCCACUCUUCCCAGGUUGUUUUCCACAACUUCUUAUAUAGUGCCUCUCUUAACUAUCACAGUUUUAACAAAUUGUUUCUCCUGUCUACUUAUUUUAUGUAGAAUCUUUCCUGACUUUGUCUAUGUAUGUGAUAUAUAGCGUCUUUCAUUCCUAUAUUUAUAUAGUACCUUUCCUGUCUAACUUUUAUAGAACCUCUUUCCAAUCUGUCAGUACUCCAUAGUGUCUUUCCCAUCUUGUGGUUUUCUACCCAUUUUAUAUACCUGCUUACUAUUUGUCUGUCUGUCCUAAAACAACUACAGAAUGAAAAACAGUAUUGUGAUUAAUCUAAGGGCUGGUUAGAGAGCAUUAGAAGCCUGAAACCAAGCUAUGCUUUAUAUAACAUACUUCAAUUCUGUCUGCCAGUUUGCCUUUUAAGCAUCUCUCUUAUCUAUCUAUUUAUCAUUUUUGCAGUAUCCUUAAUAUCCGGGCUCCUCCCAACCUUUAGUUCUGUAUAAGGCUUUUUUAGUAAUCUUCCUUUCUGUCUGUUUUAGGUAUCUUAUUUCUAUCUCUCCAUUUAUAUACAUUCUUACUUGGCUAUGUUUUUACACAGCUUCUUUCCUAUCCAUUAUUUAUUGCUGUCUAUCUAUCUCACUUUUAACAAGCUGUUUUUCCUGUCCAACUAUUUUUAUAUAGCAUCUCUCCUAUCUUUUUGUCUGUUUGUGAAAUAUACCAUCUUUCCUAUCUUUUUAUCUAUGCUGUAUGUAUGCUUUACAUAGCAGCCUUUCUACCUAUCUGUUCCAUUUCUACCGUAGCAUCUUUCCUGUCUGUCAGUCUUCCAUAGUGUCUUCGCUGUCAAUCAGUUUUAUUAUUUAGCCUUUUUUUCUAUUAGUUCCUAUCCAUCCACUCUAAGACCACUACAGGAGCCAAAACAUUUUAUUGAUCUUCCUACAAGUUGGUUUGAAACAGGUAUAGGAAACUAAAAUCUAUAAUAUAGUGCCUUCACAUCUAUCAUAUUUAUCUAUGACUGAGUUAGAGACAAAUACGGUAACUCUGUACUAUCUGUUAAGAUAGAGACAGCUACAGGACACUGAAUUGUAUCUCUCCAUCCAUUUAUGUUUUAUAUUGCACCCUUCCCACCUAUCCACCCAUUCUUAAUAUAGGUUGACACAAUCCGAGGAGUUCAAACUAUUGAUCUGUUUGGUUUCAAAAGCUUGAGGAAAAGGGAAUUCUACUUGUACUGGGUAGAGACAACUACAGGGAUUCAAAAUAGCCCAGUGGCCUGUAUGAAACCCCCAUGGCACACUUGAAUUGACUUGGCUCUCUACAAUUAGCUUCCUCCAAUUGGGUUUUACUUGAAUGGCCUGACAGACAUUUUAUUUCCUACUUGCAUGUGCAGAGCCCGAGAUCAGGCAGCUGGGUUUUCUUCACAGGAGGUUCAGCAAGUUGCUCUCUGGGAGAGAAAUGAGGGUUACGGGCGGGAGAGAAGAAAAGAUGUCAGAGGGCAAUAACCUGAACUCCCAGCGUCUCGGGCUACAUACUAACUUUGUAUUUCAUGACCAUCAAUAUAUGUAUGCCAAUUUCUGUUUUGAGAGCAUGUCACUUUGUGACCCAGGGAAGACUUUUGCUUUGUAGGCGCCCCACUGAUCUACUUUUGGAAAUGAAACCACUAAGACUUUGGACAAUGGCUGCUUUGGGACUGACUGGUGAUUCGUUAAUGACUCUGCCAUGGGCACUCCUACGCUUUAAUGUCUCAUGUUUGGACACUGGGAGGAAAGUAGAAGAAAUCGGCAUCCAGUUUGGUUUUCACUGGGGCAGAUGAUCAUUUAUGGCCAGCGUCUUUCUCUACUCUGCAUUGUCCAGUGAACCACCGAUUCUAUGACUCCAACAUCUCUCUUUAUCUUGUGUCACAUUCUAUUUCUUAUUUUCAUCCAGUCAAUGACAUCUGACCCAAGAAGUCACUGAAAGUCUACCCAUCAGCUCUGUGUGCCCCUCCAUCCAGUGAGUGACGCCCAGACACUGUCCACCACUGACCCAAGAAGACGUCAUGAGGGGGAUCAAGACAGCUGAGUAGACAAGACAGGCCAGGCUGAGCUAUAUACAGUUAGCCUCUGAGCGUGUGAGGGUGUAAUAAAUUGUGUGUGUGGGGGGGGAUCAUGGGCGCUGUGAAACGACUAAAAAUAGGUAUCCCACUUGUGAGGGGGCAUCCAGCCAAGAUGCUCACAGCUGUCCAUAAGUGUCCAGUACAGCAGACACACGGCUCUCCCAGAACAGUGCUGUAUCUCUCGGACUAUUGCAGUUGUUCUUCUUCUGUUUUAAUUUGUUCCUUUUUGUUCUUUUGGAAAUGUGCAUGUCUUAGCAGAAGCCGGCCAGAGCAUGUGCACGGGCUCGGGGGAGGCAUGACCGGCUUGCCCCCUUCUAUGUAACGCACCUCUACCUGGCAAGGACUGGGAAUGAGGUGUGAUGAGAGGGAUUAACCAAAAAUAUUAAAAAAAUAUGAACGACA